GUUGUAUGCUCCAGCAACAAUUGUUUUGCGUGUCAGGUUUCUUUUGUGUUUUUGUGUUUUUUUUCGCCCCGUUUUAACUCAUUUUCUCCGCUCUAUAUAAUUUUGGGGUGCUAAUUCACAAAAUGGCGUCUCCUAGUUCCCGGACUUCUUUUGCACACAAAAAACCACCGCCUCCUCUGGUUCCAGCUCGUCCUGUUAUUGUACCACGCCCCAGUAUGCUGCAGUUUGAGCCCCACGAAGAGCAGCGCAUUUCCAGAUGCAGGUACAUGGUACUGGUUUAUCUCCUCUUCGUGGUCUUACUUUUGCUUGCUUUGGUCCAAUGGGAGGUUGUGUCGUAUUAUAAACCAUUAACCAAUUUCUUUCUGGCCAAGUACUGGCUGAGUGUGUGUUGUAUGCUGAUUUCAGUUCCACUUCUCGCGUUAUUUUUGCUCGUCCGCAAAGCGAGAUAUAUGCCUAUUCUUGGAUGGCUUAUGGUAAUUGGCAUUUGCACAUUUGCCGCUUAUUGUGAUGCGUGGCAAUUCUUGAUAUACUUUACCAUAACUGCAAUGCUCAUAAUGACCUCUCUGCUUAUUGGCUCCUUUAUUCCCUGCGAUUUGACCGCAAAUGUGGCUGUCGUUUUCAUGGUCAGCAUACAGAUAUUUCUAGUGAGCAUAUUUCUGCUGAUGACCUUUAUGAUGAUUGAUUCGGCCGAUGGAUUUUUCUAUCCCUUUGCCGCUCUGGUUUUGGUGAUUGUCUGUAUGUUUACCAUGUACCAUGCCCAAUUGAUCCGAGGUUGGCGGUAUGCGGAACUAUAUACCACCGACGGACUAUUUGCCGUGAUCGUUCUAUUUUGUCAUUUCUGUAUUAUGCUGAUGCUCUUUUGCUAUUUGGAAUGGAAGGAUGUCGACGAAUAUGACGCAGUAAAGGAUAUUGAUGAUCUCUCUGAUGAAAUCACUGAAAAUUACGAUGAAUCUGUAGGUUUUAGAGGCCUGAGUACUGAUGAAUUUAAUGAAGGCGUUAUAAGGCUUUACUGUGCCACAAAACACAACUGUCACUGGAGAUUUUUGGGUCAGGCGUUUUCGGUGACCACUCAGGACGGCAGGCGCCGGCUAAGCCUCCCCGUCGACAUUAUAAUAACAUCCAUCAUUCUGGACCAUAUACAAAUGACAACAACUGCCAAAGUAGCACACAAAUAA